GCUAGGCUACCGAAAGGGAGCUGGGAGGGAGAAGGGAGAUGCAAAGCGCUGGAGAAAGAAGGAGCAGUCUUCUGAGGCAGCCAUGUCUGCGGGAGAGGAAAGCCCCAGGCAUUCCGCGGAGGGAGAAGCUGCAAAGGACGAUCUAGCCAAGAGCCUGGAAGCCGUGGGUCUGAGUGCAGAGUACUGGCUGCCUAAACUGCACACACAGCUGGGCGUUACCUCUGCCCAAGCCUUGAAACACCUGUGGUCUGAAGACUGCCUGAAGUUAGAACGUGACAUACGACACGCGUGGGAAAAGCAGGCGCUCCAAGACCUGCUGAAGAUAGACCCCAAGGCCACGAUGCAGCAGCUGCAGGGGGAGCGCGUGGAGGGGCUGAGGAAGAGGCAGGAGCAGGCGAAGUCGGCGCUGCAGGAGCUCAAGGCGAUGCAGGAGCAAGGCAGAAACCGCCAGGACGAGGUUGUAAGGAGGAAAGAGGAGGAGCUGCGGAGAGCGAUGGACGUGGCCCCUGAGUAUUGGGCACCGGCUGAGGUGCCAUUGAUGAAGGUGAUGGAGAAUGUGCACAAGCAAUUAAAUCUCUCCGAGGAGUUGAUGUCCCAGAGUGAGACUCUCCCUGACAGGGAAGUUGUGAGACGGGCGUCGGGGGGGCUGGCCCUGCAGGGCAUUUACAAAACCAACCAGCUUGCCGAGAUGGUGGAGAAGCGCGAGCAGCUCCUGGAGCUCCCAGACGGGUUGGAGCUCUUUGGCCCACAGCAAGGGCCCUUGUUUGAGAUGAAGGAGUUUUCAUCAGCAACAGCAGAGUCCACAUUCACACGGACCAUGGAAAAGCUGGGCUUCAGCAUGAGCCUCGCAGUCAAGGGUGGGUUUGGGGGGUUUAGUGCAGAAACCAGCACCGACUGCAGCAGCUCUUCAGAGUCCGAAAGCACCCACAGGUCCCGCUCUGAGCACACCUACCACUGCACCACCAAGUACAGCUACAUCCCCCUGGCCUCCUGCUACUUCCCCAAGGACCGGCUCCGACUGUCCAGCGCCGCGCUGCAGGAGUUAAAAGAGAUCGAGCAGCUUUUGAGUCUCACCCCAGAGCCCGACACGCUCCCCCUGCUGAAGAGCCGGGCUGGGAAUUUCUUCAAGCGAUUCGGGUCUCACGUGAACCAGGGCCCCCUCCACCUGGGUGGGAUAUUCUGGUGGAAAGCGGCGUCGCAGGGAUUCCGGGCAGAGCAGCUGGAUGAGGUGAAGAAACAAGCAUCUGACGAGCUCCGCUCUUACAUCGGGGGCAGCUACAGCGGCUUGGGCUGGGGGGUUGCAGCCGGUGUCACUGUAUCCAACUCAGGUUCCAAAGCCUCCUUUCAGGGCACAGACAGAAAACAGGAGCAAACAGAGAUUCAGCUGCGUGUGACCAAGACGGGCGGCCCCCCUGGAGUGGAGUCACUCGCAGCAUGGAAAUCUGGGCUGCUGGCCAGUAACAAGACCUGGUCUGUGAUUGACAGAGGCUCUCAGCUGACUCCAGUGUGGGACAUAAUCCUGGCCAAUCACAGACAAGAUUUUAAAGACGUUUAUCAAAUGGGCAGCGGCCUCACAAAGGCCUAUGAAGCCCUAACAAACCUAAGUGCCAGCCCAUUGGCCGGGGAGGGAACCGUCAGUGCAGUGGAAGAGGCCAGAUCCUUCCUAGAGGAGGUGAAGACCUGGGAAGUCACGGGAGAAGAGGGACAGCUGGUGACGCUGCUCAAGUUCAAAGAAAAGCUAAUGGAAAAAACAAACCACAACAGCACCUGGAUCGACAUCUGCCUGUCGGACCGAGGGCUGCAGGAUUUCUUGGCAAACACAGUUCUCCGGUGCAAAGAUUUACCCGCGCAAAACUCUACAUACACCAAGUUUCUGCUGCGCUCUCUUCUGAACCCUCACGUCUAUAAGGUUAAGAACUUCCCCCAAUCUUCGUCCAUCAUACAGUGGCUCUUUCAUGCUGAAGAGAAGCCGGAAAAAGCUCCCCCUGUUUCUGAAUUGGCUGAUUUUAUUCAAGUCCUUGAGGACAUGAAGAAUUCCAUCGGGGCUGCCACGUCUCCAGAAGCAUUGGAAGAACGGAAAGUUAAGGCCAGCUUGGAUGUGUGCUUAGCUUUCUGCUCCUUGCGGAAGGCUCUGCAGAGCCGUGAGCAGACAGACGUGGAAUUGUUAUUGCUGUCCAUUGCAGCCAGUGUAGGAUACCAGGUAGAAAGUAACAUGUUUCAGUAUCUCCUCGGAUGCCCAGAAAUUAACUUCAUGUCAAGUGAAAUGCAAGGGGCACACGAGAGAUAUUUGACACUUAAACCGCAGAAUCUUUCCCGAGCUCAGGCUUUCCUGCUGUUCACCGGCCUGACGGUGACGCCCAAAUUCAAAGACGUGUCCCCAGAGGAGAAGACUAAACGUUUGACUUUUAUGAAGCAUCACCUGGGUCACCUGCUGUCAGGUGAGGUUAUGAAUGUCCUUAUGAACUCUAAUGCAUGUGAAGACUGGAAUGCCCUGGAAAGAAACCUAAAUGCCCUCAAAGAAGGAGAGUAUGAAACAUUCAAUAGCAAUCCGCAGCAAGAGAAUAUAAUUCAAGAACUAUGGAAUGUCUGUCAAAGGGCGAAGGAGACAACCCUACAGAAGCCACGGGCCCAAGUGCCACCAAGGGAUGUUCAAAUGUCUGAAGGAUUCAGAACUCAAGACUUUCUCAAUCUGAUCAAACGACUGGGGCUUGAAAAGUAUUAUCCCAGGAGAAUGGGGAUGGCAGAUUUCCACGUGAUUAACAAGACCUCUUUGCAUGACAGCCAGCCCCGCAUGGAGAAUGAGCUGCCAUUUUAUUUUUUGCAAAAGCUGUUGAUGCUGGACUAUCGGGUACGGUAUCUGGUUUGCAAAGAUGACUCUAAAACAAAACCCAGGAUUACCAGAGCACUGGAGAUGUCCAACAAGGUGGACGAAUCUUCAGAUGCAACUGUCGAUGUCUACGAGGACUUUCUAAAUGACGGUGAAGGAACUGAUGAGUCUGUGACACCAAGUCGGACACACGUGCACCCAAUGGACCUCCAGAUGGCAAUUUUCCAUUGUGCGGAUGAUUUCAUGAGACAGUACCUUUCCACAAAGCUUGCUCUCUGCCAGUUUGCACUCCCACUUCUGGUGCCAGAUCCUUGUACUUCUCAAAUUGAAUUCCCCCUGUGGGCCCUGAGCCAAGUACAAAAGAACUGGCAAGAAGUCGAGAAGUCAGGAUGGGAGACGAGCAUUAAAAAUUAUAAAAACAAAUUGAUUUACCAAGCAGCUACACCGGUGGUGUCCUUCUUACGAAUUGGUCGUUCGUCUCAUUCUUCAAAGUCAAAAAUUCUGAAUACUUUGCUGAGUAAGCACAAGCACGACGUAUUUUUCCAUCGUGAUUGUAGAGGUAGCAGUAAAGAUGGUCUCCUGAUGAACGGGGUUGUGGAAAUCUUCUGGUACUGUCCUGGUGGGAAGGAUGACGACAGAUUUGACAGUUGCAUCGCCUUCACUAAUCUUCAUGGGGAUGCAAGAGAACACAAGCAACAAGUCAGAUUUUUACAGGAGAUUGCAUCUAUAAAUGUGGUUCUCUUGACAACUUCUGAUGACAGCACAAUAGGGAAGCAAAUUGUCAGUGAUUGCCUGACAUCACCAAAGCCUUUUGUGUGUCUUUUUACUGAAAAAGAAAACAUUGUGGCGAGUAAAUCCAAUCGAAACAUAAAAAUCGCGGUGAAGAACAGGAGUGAAGCGGAAUUCAUUGAUGAACUAGCAGCCACAAUCAAAGAUUUACUGGCUGAUUCAAUCCCCUCUGGUAGUCUUGAAACAUGUGUAGAAGUUGCUCGCCAGCACGGUUUUCUCAUUGAUGAAGACAAAGAAGAGUGUAAGCAAGCCAAGUCAAUGGCACUGAAAGUGAUAGCCUUCUUCAAGGAGACUAGCUUAUUGGGUAUGAAGGAAAAGCUCUUGCCUCUGCAAGGAGAAUUAUGGCACAAGUGGUGUAAGAAAGAUAAAGAACUUACCCGCUUGCAAGAUAAAAAGAAGCGAAGCAUUGAACAGCACCGGAGCCUUAUUGAGUCAGAAAAACGGGCUAUACGACACGAUCAGGUAAGAAGAGCAUCUUCCUUCAAUGGUUUAAUGAGGUCAGUCCUGGAAAUUCUCCAGUCCCAGUCAGAGACCACGAAAAAGUAUUUCCUGCAGUGGCUAAAAGUAUUUAUGGAUGACUUGAGUUCUGACCGCCUUGCAGAACUUCGCCAGAAAUACCACACGUUAUGGUCCCAAAUGCUGGAAGAAGCCCCUCCAGGAGAAAAUAGUGACUCCGAAAACACACUGAAAAGUGACUUGGAACGAGUCUCAGCUGAGAUAAAUGCUUCUACGAUUGGCCUGGAACACAUUUUGAGAGAGGUUGCUCAGAUUUACGAAGCCCUUGGGUCUUUGGCCCUAGAAGAUCAACAUUUUCUUGAACUUCCACAGAUCGCAGCUGACCUAAUGGCUUCUGGGUAUCCCAUUGAGCUGAUGGACGGCGAUGCGUCGUACGUGCCACUGAAAUGGGUGAGAGCUGUUUUUGACAAGUUGACCGAGAUGUUAGGAGACAAAAAGGUGUUUGUCCUUUCUGUGCUGGGCAUCCAGAGCACUGGGAAGUCCACAUUGCUGAACGCCAUGUUUGGUCUCCAGUUUAGUGUCAGUGCGGGGAGAUGCACCAGGGGGGCAUUUAUGCAACUAAUUAAAGUGGAUGAAAGUCUCCAACAGAGCCUGAAUGUUGAUUACAUACUAGUCGUUGAUACUGAAGGGCUUCGGGCCAUGGAACUAGCCAGUAAAUCAACACUCAAUCAUGAUAACGAACUAGCCACCUUCGUCAUUGGUCUGGGCAACAUGACAGUGAUCAAUAUCUUUGGCGAGAACCCUUCGGAAAUGCACGAUAUCCUGCAGAUCGCUGUCCAGGCGUUUCUGAGGAUGAAGCAGGUCAAGCUGUCCCCAAGCUGCUUGUUUGUGCACCAGAAUGUCGGUGAAAUAACGGCAAAAGAACAGAAUAUGGAAGGACAAAGACGCCUCCAGCAGAAAUUAGAUGAAAUGACCGUUACUGCAGCCCAGCAAGAGUUCUGUGAUGUAAACCGCUUUAGUGACGUUAUCCGAUUUGAUGUGAACACUCACAUCCAUUACUUUGCUCAUCUCUGGGAAGGGGACCCACCAAUGGCGCCUCCCAAUCCCAGCUACAGCCAAAACGUGCAGGAACUAAAGAGCAAAAUUCUCAUGGCUGCCAAGCAGGAAUCCCAGGGCAGUGUGUUAAAGCUGUCAGAGUUAAAAGUCCGAAUUGCUGAUCUGUGGAAAGCUUUAUUAAACGAGAACUUUGUUUUCAGCUUCAAGAAUACACUGGAGAUUGCGACAUACAACAAGUUAGAAACAAUGUUUAAUCAAUGGACUUGGCAGUUGAGAAGUAACGUGCUAGAACUGCAGACAAAACUGAACAAUCGGAUUAAGAAGAGAGAAAUUCACCAAGUAACCAGGAGAAGCCUUGAAGAAGAGGUGAAAGGGAAAUAUGAUGGCAUCCUUAAUGAGACAGAAAGAUACUUCACUGAGGAUCAAGACUGUGAAAUAUUAAUCCAGUGGAAAGCAAGUGUUGAAAACAAGCUGAGAGACCUGAAAGAGUCAUUGAUUGACGAAACUAAGAGGAAAGCUGAAGAACUUAUCAAGCUGAUGAAGAAUCAAAGCAAACUUGCUGCGAAGAAAUCGGAAUAUGAAAAUGAGCUAUUCAAAAGAAGCCAAGAGCUGGCUCUGCAAUUAAAAGGCAAAGAACUAAGUGAAGAAGAGUUGAAAGAGAACUUUGAUGGCCUUUGGAAGCGAUGGAUCUAUGAAGUAUCUUCAGAUGCUCCUUCUGUUGAGGAACCUGACAUCAAUGUAGAUGUAGAGAACAUUAUUCUGGAGCAUUUUAAACAGGAGCCCAAUAUAGCAGGGAAAAUUAAACAUUUCUCCUGGAAAAAUUCAUUUUCUGUCGAUAUUUCUAAGCAUAUUACUAUGAAGAAAAUACUAGGCAUCUUCGAUAAGACUUUAGAUAAGUGUGCUAUAAGGAAUAUAGAACAAGUUACAGAUCGCAUCCUACAGCUUGUUGAGAUGAUCAUUGAUACGAAGGUGCAGCAGAGAGUGGAUUACAAUCAAAGUUACAUUCACGAAAUAUUGAAUGAAAUAAGAAGAGAGGUGGACUCGGCAGGCAAGAGCUCAAACUACACAUUUAAUAAUGAGUACAAAAUGGAGUUAUCAUUGUAUCUGUGCAAAAUGGCAGUGGAACGGUUCCAAACCAUGCACACGACAUUCAAGACUGCAAACGAUCCAACCGUCUACCUCGACAAGAAAAGAGACGAUUUCUUCAAAUGUUUUCAAAUUUCCUGCCAGGGAGCAACCUCCAUCACAACGUUUGCCGAUUUCUUAUGCCACAAGCUUGCUGCAGCGAUCCGCCAGGCAGUCUACGACAAGGCUGCCAUUGCCCUAGCCAACGAGAUGAGGUCUAACUAUUCGGCCUUCAAUGGCAAUAGAUCCAAACUGGAAACCAGUAUUCUGAUAUCUCUGGCGGAGGAGGAAAACUUUGAGAAGUACAGACAAUACAUUCAUUUCCCAAGGGCCUUCUUAGAGAGUUACAUCAAGAAAUGCGUUGAUGAUUAUUGUUUAGACAAGAAAAAUCCACGACUGAAGCAUUGCUUAGAUAUUACCCUCGAUACUUUCCAGAACCGGGUUCUUUUAGCUAUUUAUGACUCGACGAAAGUUGUCAAAGAUAAAUAUGGCAGUGUAUCUUUGUGGCUGGAUGAAUUUUGCAAGAGAUUUGGAGAUGACUUAGACCUUCCCCGAAGUGAUCUGAAAAGCAUUGAACAUCAGGAGAUCAAGGACAUCGAGUUUCUGAAAGAGGCCAUGAUUAAAGCUUUGCUGCCAGUCCUGGACAACCUGAGACAGGAAUUUGCUGUGGUUGAUAUGAAGGCUCUUAAACAGAAACCUCAUCAAAUGUUAUUUGACCAGCUUUGCGGGUGUUGGGAGCAGUGUCCCUUUUGCAAGGCUCUUUGCACCAACACAAUCCCAGGGCACGACGGGGACCACAGCGUCCAGUUCCAUCGCCCUCAGGCCCUGAACGGAACCCAGUGGUAUGGAACAGACCAGCUUGUCAUCGAGAUGUGCUCCAGCCUUGUAGCAAGCGACUGCCUCAUGGUGCUUUGUGAGAACAAUCAAAUUCCAUAUAAAAGUUACAGGCAAGCGGGACCCGCAUAUGCCAAAUGGAGCAUCAGGCCAGACAACUCAGCACAGUCUUACUGGAAAUGGUUUGUGUGUCAUUUCAGGUCAACACUGGAAGAGGAUUAUUGUGCAAAAUUUGAGGGCAAAGGAGCUAUCCCUCGGGAGUGGGAAGAGUUUAGUAAAGGGGCUGUCAUCUCUGAGCUGAAAAAGCUGUAACCUGAAUAUAGCAUCCCUUAUAUCAAAUGGGGCCACGAAUAUACCAGACCUCACGACUCUCGCUAGUCACUUUAUUUGAUCAGCCAUUUAUUAUUGUGCUGUUUAGCGUUAUGGAUAUUUUAGAUGCUCUCUCUUAUAUAAUCAGUCUAUGUUAGAAAAUACAGGACUAUAGAAAUGUAAGAUUAACAAGUAGGUAGAAGUGGGGUGUAUUAGCUAUAUACGUAAGGCAUGGCUAGUAUGGAAAAGCUACAGGUGGAGAACUGUUAGGGUGUGUCUACACAGCACCGUUACUUCAAAAUCAGCUUUGUAGCUUAUUUCGAGGUUAUUUCGAAAUAGCUUAUUUCGAAAUGUGGCGCUGUCUACGCUGUGCCACAUUUCAAAAUAAAGCGCUCUUUCGAAAAAGCCUUUAACAGGGAUGCCGGAAUAGCACGCCCAUUAUUUCAAAAUAUAUUUCAAAAUAACGGAUGCGUGUAAAGAUGCAGAAUUGCUAUUUCGGGAUACUUUCAGUAUCCCAAAAUAGCCCCAUGGUCUAGAUGUGGCCUGGGAUUUUAGCUUAGGAAUGCUUGAACAAGUGGGUGUCUUACAGAUACGCCCGUAAGGUCACAUGUUUACUGUAAAAGCUGUGCCAAUGGGUGAUGAUAUGGAAACAUGGAUCGCAACAGACAGGUAUGUCUUGUCCAUGAGCAUGAGACAUUUGAUGGUAAUACUAUGUUCUGAUCACAGGCUGCCAUGGACUUACAUGUAGACAUUAAGAGGAAUGUUAUUACAAAUGGGGCACCCCCAUAUUAAUGGGCUAUGGACGUCCUGAUAAGGAAAAGAGGGUUGAAACCUUCAUGCACAGGGGCAGAUAUAGGGUAGGGCGAGCGGGGCGGCUGCCCCGGGCCCCGCGCUUCAAGAAGCCCCGCGCAUGCGCCGUGGCAAAGGGGGGCCCCGCGAAAUUGUGCUGCCCUGGGCCCCGCAAAAUGGUCAUCUGCCCCUGUUCAUGCAUGUGCGUCAGGUGUUAGGUGUAGUGAGAACUACAAUGUAUGAGAGGUUCCCUGUUUGGGUGAAACUAGGAAGACCCUCAGGAAACCCUAGCAGGCACCAUUCCUCUAUCAAUACUUGUCUGUUGAGAUAUCCAUCAGACCCGAGGGCAGGGCUGGGCAAGAUGCGGCCCAGGGGCUGGAUCCGGCGCACCUAAUCCGUGGAUCUGGCUGCAGACUGCAACUGGCCGCUUUCUUUUUAUAUGCUGUGGCCCCUGCCACUGAAUUUCCAGGCAAUGGCUCAGGCCGCAAGAUCCUAUUUAAAUGGCUCACAGCUCCUGGUCGCAAUCCCUUUAA